CCUUUGUUUUCUUCCUUCUGAAAACGUUUGAAACUUAUCUGUUUUCUUCUGCUCACUACUUUCCUUACACAUAACCAAAAUGAAUAUUCUCAGUGACCCUUUUUCACUCUCCUCUUCCCAUGGAGCUUUUGAAAACAUCCAAAACACAAAUGCAAACCCUAACCCUAAUCCUUUACCACAAGCCAACAAGAAGAAAAGAAAUCUACCAGGAACACCAGAUCCAGAUGCAGAAGUCAUUGCUCUUUCUCCCAAGACUCUAAUGGCGACGAACCGAUUCGUCUGCGAAAUAUGCAACAAAGGUUUCCAAAGAGAUCAGAAUCUUCAGCUUCAUAGAAGAGGUCACAAUCUACCAUGGAAGCUAAAGCAAAGGUCCAACAAAGAACCAAGGAAAAAGGUUUACAUCUGCCCGGAGGAAACUUGCGUCCACCACGACGCGGCUAGGGCGCUCGGGGACUUGACCGGAAUAAAGAAACAUUUUAGCAGAAAACAUGGAGAGAAGAAAUGGAAGUGUGAGAAAUGUUCCAAGAAAUAUGCAGUUCAAUCUGAUUGGAAAGCUCAUGCCAAAACUUGUGGUACUAGAGAAUAUAAGUGUGACUGUGGUACCCUCUUCUCUAGGAAGGAUAGUUUUAUUACACAUAGAGCUUUCUGUGAUGCUUUAGCAGAAGAGAGUGCAAGACACACCUCACCACUCACUCCUACAACUCUAAGUUUCAAGAAUGAAGAGUCAAAUUUGAUGAACACACAAACUAGUCUGUCACAUGGAUUCAUAUCACGUCAAAAUCUAGCUGGUUUUCCACAUGAAGGGUUUCAUGAUCAGCAAAAGCCAAGUUUAUCACUGUGGUUGAAUCAUGAAAAUCAACAGAAUAUUAAUCAUCAUCCAUAUAAUUCAGUUGAUCAUGUUUCAUCUGGUUUUUGUGAUAUCAUGCAAAUGGCACAGACUAGUACUACUCCAAUGUCAGCUACUGCACUUCUUCAGAAAGCAGCUCAAAUAGGUUCAACAAGAAGCACUACUACUAAUAAUAAUCCAUCUAUUUUCAGUGGAAGUUUUGGUGUAACGAGUUCAUCAAACCAUGACGAGAUUGAUAACAUGGUGAUUAAUCAGAAUAUGAAGCAGCAUGGGAAUUUUAAUCCAAGUACUACUAGCAGUGCAAUGGUUGGUAAUAAUUCUAGUGGAUUUAGAGAUUUUCUUGGAGUGAGUAGUAAUCAUCCAUUUCUACCUCAAGAGUUUGCGAAGUUUGCUUCAACAAUAAGCUCAUCGAUGAUGAGUUUGAAUCAAUUCAAUGAAGGCUGAAACAAUGAAAAUUAGUGGUUAAUUAGUUUUUUUUUUUACUAUAAUUGAUGUUAGUUGGGAAGUGCAUGUGAAUAGAUGAGUAAUGUUUGUGUGAUAGUAGUGGGACCUAGUGCAUGUUUGAGAUGAUAAUUGAAAAGGAUAGUAGAUUCCC